AUGUAUUGGGAAGUGACACUUACUGCAGGACCAUGGGGACAGGUAUGUGCUGGGAAUCCUAGCAACAAAAUACGGGGCACUGACAGAUAUGGCUGUGGACAUUAUGGAACUCCAAGAGUCGGUGGUAGAAAGCACCUAGGGGUGGAUGUUAUAUGCAGAGAUGGCUCAACGGUAUAUGCUCCUUUCAGUGGCGUGAUUGGGGGACGAGUUAACCCCUACAGAGCUGGAAAGAAUGCCAUUAAUAAUGGCAUCCUCCUCAGUGGAUCAGGUUUCUGCAUACAUAUGUUCUACAUUAAGCCAGUUAGAUACAGUGGUCGGAUCAAGAAGGGACAAAAAAUUGGAGUAAUGCUGACAAUGCAAAGCGUAUAUCCUGGUAUAACAUCCCAUGUUCAUGUCCAGAACUGUAACCGCUUAAAUCCCACUUGCAAUUUAUAA